AUUUAUUCCUCCUUUUAUUCCGGAAAAUCCAUUUUCCGGCGGUGGUGGGGGAGGGAUCGUGCCCUGCGUAGUCAUUUGUUGUCUGGAUAGGGCCGGGGACUCGGAUGUGAUUGUCGUCACACACGUGUCAGCGUCGCGACGCCUUCUUUUGUUUUCUUUUUUUAAGUUCAGUUCAGUUUCCCGGUGUAUGGGUGGGUGUAGAUAAAAUAAUGUAAAAGUGCGUGGUGAGGCGAGGAUGUCUAUGUACUUUUUUCGGCUGCACAACUUGCGCCGGGCCCAAGAGGAAGAGGACAAGAGGAAGAAGAAGCAGCAGCAGCAGCAGCAGCAGCAGCAACGGCUGCAGCAGAGGGGCAGCAGACCGGUGGGGCCUCCAAGGUACCACGUGCAAACCCCCUUAACUUUGGCACCGAGUAGGCUGUUCGAGAGGCCGCCCCUCACCCCCUCCGACAGUCUGGACGAGGUGGCUCUGCAGAUUCCCAGGGUGCAGAGGGGAAGCACCAGGACCGCACUGGGUGAAUUUAUGUUUAAGUUAAUAAAAUGAUAUGCGAAAAAA